ACCUGAACAACCCAUAAUAUAUGUGGAUGACCAAAUGAUGUCACAGAAAAAUGUAACCGCUACCUGUACUGUGUCACAUUCCUGCCCCUCUGACCCGCCUCGUCUCACCUGGAGCCACAACGGCACGCACACAAGUCAGUCGCAGUCAGACCACGGUCAAUGGAGAUUAAAAUCUUUUCUGACCUUCAUACCCUCCAAAGAAGAUCAUAAUAAACCUCUCAUCUGCUCUGCAGACUUCAGUGGUGGGAAAAACGUGACCAGCAGCAAAACACUCAAAGUUAAAUAUCCUCCAUAUAAUGUAAAUGUGAAGAGUAACUCUCCAGUGAAGGAGAACACAUCUGUUGAACUGAUCUGCUCAUGUGACAGUAAUCCACCUGCUAGUUUCCAGUGGAUUAGUUUAAAUGGAUCUGUGUUGGCAAAUGGACCCAUCUAUAAACUAAUUCAUGUGUCCCGGUAUACUGAAGCCAUAUCCUGCACCGCCAGUAACACAGAGGGACAAAACAGCUCCGGUCCACAGAAGAUUAAUGUGUUGUAUCCUCCUGAGAUUAAAAAUGAGUCUUCCUGCAAAUCAGGGCCUUUUACAGUCUGUGUUUGUAUCGUGGACUCCAACCCACGCAGUGAAGUCAAGUGGCUUGGUCCCUCGGCAGCUUUCCCCAGCUCUAGUGUUGAACAAAAUGGUUUUCUUACCAACUUUACCCUUCAGAGGUGGGAGGGUUUCCCUGACACUAUCCAAUGCUUAGCCAAUAACAGCGAAGGAAACUCUGUCAUAACUCUCCAAGUCCCUAAUCAUGGUAUGAUCAUAUAUAUUGUGGUUGCCGCAGCUGCUGCUUUAGUUACUUUAGUGGUCAUUUCAGUUUGUGUAGCCAAAAGACACUGUAGGCGCAGAGCUCAGGAACAGCAUUUGAAGGAUUUGAAAGCUGACUCGAAUGAAACGAAGACAACCCCAAAGUCUGGCUUAGAAAGCAAAGAAGAGAAAAGCAAUGAUAUGUACACAAACAACCAAGAUGACUUUGUUGAUUAUGAAAACUGGGGGUGUAAUGACAGAGACCUGCAAUGUGGACAAGAUGAAGAUGAAGCAAUCUAUGCUAACACAUAAAAAUAAAUAAACACAUGAUUAACCUGUCUGUGAUAAUCAGAAAGGUAAAGUGCCUUACGCCAUUUAUUUCCUUGGCUAUGCAAUUAAUGUGUAAUUCAUUUCUAAGAAGUGUUUUUUUUUUAUUAAGGCAUUGCAUUUGAAAAGGUUAGAUGUGGUCUACAACAGUGCCAUUCGUUUCGUCACCAAUCCCUCUUUUAACACCCACCAUUGUGAUCUAUAAGCGUUAGUGGGUUGGCCUUCUUUACAUACUCGAUGCCUGACUCACUGGUACCAUUUUAUAUAUAAAUCAAUUCUUCGCAAAACCCCUCUGUAUUUGAACUCUCUUCUCACCAUUGCCUUACCCGUUCAUAGCCUGCGCUCUAGCAGGUAUAUUUCCCUAGUAAUCCAAAAAGUAAAUACUUCAUUCGGCCGUAGCUCCUUCAAGUUUGCAGCUGCAUACGACUGGAAUGAGUUACAAAAGACUCUGAAACUUGAGAACACCAUCUCUCUUACCUCUUUUACAGCACGACUAUGAGACUAUAGCCCUUUUCACACAGACAUUCCGUAAAAUACACGGAAAAGGCAUCCUGGAUUUUUCCGGAACGGUUAGAUUUUUUGUUCAUUCACACUGACAUGAUUAGCCGGCAUCUGAUGGUCCCGGAAAGACACGUGACCCGUUGAAAGUCCUGCCCUCUCUUCUACGCAGCGUCUGAAGUUUUCAUAUUAUUUAUUAUUUCUCUCUCCAGAAACAACUCGCGUGCAUUUUUGUUUAUGAUAAGACUACAAAGGAGCGCGUGAACGCACAGGUCUAUGCUGGUGAAUGAUCUCAGCUUCAGAGUGUAUAUUUGACGAGCUCCCUGAUCUCUGCUUUAAUACAGUUUUCAGACAUUUCUCAUCGUGAUUGUUUAUAUGCAUUUAAAACCCGCAUUUUGAGGAGCUGAACGAUAUAUCUUGUUGGGAUGACGCUUGGGUAUUUUCGUUUAUAAGCUCAAAUGAGCAUGUAACGCGAUAUUCUUUUAUGCUGCUGAAUGAUCUCCAUUUCAACGCAGUAAGUGACGAGUUAACUUACCUGAUAUCUGCUUCAGUCCAGUUUGCUGACAAUUCUCGUUGUGAAUGUUGUAAAUCCCUCAUUUUAAAGAGUUGAACCAACUUCAUGUUGCCAUGACACGCGUGUCCUCACUACGGCACGUGCGUCAUUGUUUAUGCAUCUCAUUUAUCAUUUCCUGAUAACUGCUUCAAUCUAGUUUGCAACAUUUCUCGUGGUGAAUGUUUAUAUGCAUGUUAUCUCUCGUUUUAAGGAGCUGAACCAUAACUUUUGUUGUGAUGAUGCGCGCGUCCUCACUACGACACGCCUGUUACGGCAUUGUUUCGGCUUCUUGUUCACACAGAGGGUUUUCCGUAUAUCUGACUAGGUCCUCUUUCCGGCAACAAUCCCAGAAGAUUAACGGGACGAGUUUGUGUUCACACAGACGCUUGUCUGGCAAUUUUACGGGUAUUUUCUGAGACCAAAGGUCUGUGUGAAUGGGGAUAUCAUAGCUUUUGCCUGUUUGUUGCACAUGCUGACCUCCCUUCUUAUAAUUUUGAACUAAAUGUACUUUUUGCUCUAGAUCCCUUUAUUACAGAUUAUGAUGUAUUAAAUGUUAUGUAUGGAUUUUUUUUAUUUUAUUUACAGAAAACCUGUACUUUAUUUAUUCCCUUGUGUAUUUAAUGUGUCAUUUGUGUAAUUUUAUGUGUAACUAUUUGUUGUCUUGCAUUUUGCUUUAUCUCGGCCAGGUCGCUGUUUCAAUAUAGAACGUGUUCUCUGCUCACCUGGUUAAAUAAAGGUUAAAUAAAAUAAUAAAGCAUUGAGUUCCUUAAUUCUAUAUCAGUGUAGGUAGCACGGUUUUGUUUGAGGGCAAAAGUUUAAUUUCCUCUUCUUAUAAUAGUUUUGACCCUAACUACUGUUGAUUUUUUUAGCAUUAUAUUUGAACUAUUUUUAUAACUUUGUACACAUUUACAUUUUUCAUAAUAAAUUUACCUACUGCUUACGUUAGAAAAGAUGCAAAAUGGAGCAGCACUCAGCGUUUGAUCACUGGAUAAAAAGACAUUGAUUUGGGUAGGGACAUGUCCCUACCAAUAUUCAGGGAACACAGAAUUGUCCCUAGCAAUAAUUUCGACCAAACAAUGAAUCUAUAUGUACAUAUAACCACUGAUGUCCGUCUGUUUUUUACGUAUUACUUAUUUUAUUUAAAAUAAAGCAGAUCUGGAGGAAAUAUUUUGGUUCCGUUUUUUAAGUUGCCAUGCCAGACUUUUUACUGGCAUCACAAAAAGUUAAAAUUAACCAAAAAUAAUAAAUAAAACAGA